GACACACAAUGGCAGCCACCGGCACAGCUGUGACGGUUCUCACUCCUAACGGGAGAAGACAAGCCGUCAAAGUGUCCUCAAACACACCGUUAUUACAGGUGCUGGAGGAUGUCUGCAAAAAACAUGGAUUUAACCCCGAGGAACACAGUUUGAAGUUUCAGAGGACUGCUGUUGACCUUAUGCUGCCAUGGAGGUUUUCCAACCUGCCCAACAAUGCGAAACUGGAAAUGGUGACAAGUACAAGGAAACAGGCUGUAGCCGACAGCCAGGUGCGGAUUGCUCUCCAGAUGGUGGACGGCUCUCGGUUCCAGGAUUCUUUCUCCUGCGGACAGAGUUUGUGGGAACUGCUCACACAUUUUCCCGAGAUCAGUGUGGCCGAGUUGUCUGAGUCAGGAUCCACCCCGGUGUGCAUUUACAUGAGAGAUAAGGUGAGUGGUGAAGAAGCACUGAAGAAGACCACUCUGAAGUCUCUGGGUCUCACAGGAGGAAACGCCAUCGUCAGGUUUUUAAUCAAAAAGAUCAAAGCAGAGGGCCAGGAAGAUGCCGAAGAAGCCACUGAAACGGCUGCUAUGCCAACCGCACCCGUCGCCAAGGCGACCACACCUCGCCCGUCGCCUCAGCCCGAUCCAUCUCCCUCGCAUCGGGAAACGUCCACGACGGAAGUGACGAAUAAGAGUUCAGAGCCCCGCAGAGAAAUCGAAACCCACGUCGCUCCAACUCCCGCCCCGAGCGUCACACUUCCUGUUCAACAGGAAGAGGGUCCAAAAUCCCAGGAUGCAGUUCGGCCAGAGAUUCCUCCCGUUGGGAGAGGACCUCCGCCAGAGGAGGAUGGCGAGGAAGCGGGGCCAUCGGGACUGAACUCUCGCCCACCUUCUUCUUCUUCUUCUUCUUCCUCCUCCUCCUCGGCUCCCUCUGCUCCCUCUGCUGCUCCCUCUGCUCCUUUCAUUCCCUUCUCCGGAGGCGGUCAGCGCCUCGGGGGUCCGCGGGGAAGUGCAGUGGGACGCUCGCUAUCUUCAUCCUCGUCGUCCUCGGCUCCAAUCACGGCAGUCGAAUCGCCAAAAGCCAAGAAAGCGAAAUCUAGCCACGUUUCGAGCACCAAGUGUGAAACCAGUGCCAACCAGCCGGACGAGGACAUGGAUCAAUUGGAGGAGUUCUUAGAGCCGGUGGAGAGGGAGCCUCUCAUCUACCACCUGGACGCCAUGACCCGUCACUCCAAGGACCACAGAGAGCCGCCCGACGAGUUCUUUGAAGUGACCAUGGACGACGUGCGCAAGCGCUUCGCCCAGCUGAAGAGCGAGAGGAGGCAGCUGGAGGAGGCUCCGCUGAUGACGAAAUCUCUGAGAGAAUCACAGAUGAGGGAGAAGAUGGAAAGAUAUCCCAAAGUGGUCCUGAGGGUCCAGUUUCCAGACAGACAUGUUCUACAAGGCUUCUUCAGGCCUAUGGAGACAGUUGGUGCUGUGAUGCAUUUCGUGAGGAGUCACUUGGAGGAUCCUCAGCUCAGUUUCUACUUGUUUAUCACCCCUCCAAAAACCGUCCUGGAUGACUCCUCAGAUACACUGUUUCAGGCCGACCUGUUCCCCGGCGCUCUGGUGUACUUCGGAUCAGACGUCAAGACAGUGUCAUACACAGAUUGUUACAUGAAGAGGGAACUGCUUGAAUCCUCUGUCUCUGCCUUGCAAGCAAAUGAGUCCAUUGCAAGCUGCAUGAUCCGGGCCCCGACACCCUCCUCCAGCGCUGAGGACACGGGGGAGCCGCUGCCUCCUCCGGAGCCGGAGAAGGACACCGGCGGGUCCACGCAGGACGAGGACGACUCGCCUGCCGCUCACACCCGGGCCGCCAGAGCGCCCCGAUCGGACCCGAGGAAGAUGCCCAAGUGGCUCAAGCUUCCAGGUAAGAAAUAGGACCAUUGAUGAGAAGACGAGCCGCUUGAAGACGGAGGAGAGCAGUAAACCAUCGAUGCGCUCUGAUGAGGGCUCGACUUUGUGGCGUGGAAGAAGCACUUGAAGAGAGUUUUUUUUUUUGUAAAGGGCCAAAAUAACAAGAUGGAUGAAUAUGAGAUUGGAGGAUUGUUUCAUCCCGGUUGAUCUCCUGGAGGAGAGAGUGUGGUAAAGAUGCUGCUUUUAUUCAGCAGGUGAGAAGGUUGUGGAAAGUGAAUAAAGACGGUCGCACAAAAAUGUUUGCGUAUCGAAGUCGUUAAUUUCCGAUGCAGAGAGACGACGCAGCAGCACACUUCUGUUUCCUGGAUGUUGUUCUCUAUUCAUGGCUGAUCCAUGGGUUAUAUUUAUGAUUACAAAUAAUAUUAAUUUUGAUGAA